AUGAUUUGGCUAAACGAGUCGGUGAAGAAAGCGCAUCGUCGUAUACCACCUGAUGUGUUCGUGAUAGUCAGAAGACUGGCACCUAUUCUCUUGCUUUUGGCAUUGCUGGUCUAUCUUCUGAUUGGUGCUACCGCCUUCUUGGCAUUUGAACAUACGAAUCACGAGAACUACGUCAAAAGAUUUCACUUGAGGCUGGGAGCCAACAGGAAACAUGCCUCGAGGGAGAUCACGGCCUCUCUGUUCAAUCAAAGCUCGAACAUGCUGGUCAUCGUGGACAAGGUCAAUCAGGCCCGUAUGGAAGUGAGUGUCUUUGAUGUUAACAUAGGUUAUCAAUGAUAAGUUAUUAAUAAAAUUUAAAUUUUAAAAUUGAAAACGUGUCUCUUCAGGAGCUUCUCUACCGUCAUCUGAAGCUCUAUGAGACUGAAUUGCCGAUUAAUCGGCCGAACGACGAGGCGUGGUCGUUUACCAACUCUCUCACGUACUGUUGGGCUUUGAUCUCUACAAUGGGACACGGUACCAGAGCUCCAAAAACAAUUGGCGGACAAAUCUUUGCCUUGUUUUAUGCCUCGUUCGGGGUGCCAUUUUAUAUGGGUACUAUUGUUACUUGGGCGUUUACUACUUUGGCCUCAGUUAAGGUAAAGUUUUAAACUAUAUUAACAUAACUCUUGAAAUGCAGGUAUUAAGGUUAAAUUUACUGUUAAAUUUUAGUAUUUUAUAUUAUGUUUCAGUAUCGUCUUAUAUUAUUUUUCUUCUUAUUUUUAAAAAAUUUCUAUUUAACAGGGGCCGGGAACUUUUUGACCAAUCUAAUAUAGACAAUAACAUUUUAGUGGCUACUGCGUCAAAAGAUGAACGACAAGUCAAUAACGGAAGCACAUAUGUUACUAACCUGCACGGCUGUCUAUGUCUGGUUUCUGAUUGCAUUCAGUGUCAUACUGUACUCAUCAGCCAUCCCUGAUAGUUACUUUCGAUCCUUGUAUACUGCAGUACUGUCAGCCUUUACUGUUCAAGUAAGUUUCAAUAAUAGACUUUUUAAUGCAAGUGUUUACAUUAUAGUAGGCUUAAGUAUUCUAAAUUAUAUAGUUGUUUUAUUACAGUACAUUUAAGUGCUUUACAUUAUAUAAAUAUAUAAUAUAUAAAAUGGCAUAUUAUCAUUGCUUUUUUUAAAAACGUAUCUUGUCUUCAGACAAUGGAUUACAACGACUUUAUGGAGUUUGACAAAGUAGUAACUCUGACCUGUGUAGGAGUAGCGCUUUACCUCGGAGCUUUGGUGUUCUUGACAGCAAUCGGAGUCUACCGUAAUGUAGAUGGAUGUAGCAAAAGAACCAAAGCCAUGGAUCCGAUAAGCAGCGACGACAUCAGACAAAUCGACGAGGAAGAAGAAGAGCCCAAAAAGGUACACUUGGUACACUCUGAAUCGAUUAAAAGUGCACCUGGUUCUGUGCCACAAGCUGCACCCAGGUUUCAAGUAAGUGUGCCAAUUCAAAAUAAAAACGGCAGUUUACAUUACGUCAAUGUGAAUCCAUCUGUCGUUUGACGUUGUCAGAAGCGUGUUUGUACAUAAAUAAACUGGGUUUUGUCAACCGCUACAUUUCUUACAAUAGUUUUAAGUAUUUUGUAAUUGUUUUUGGUUCAAACACGCUAACUAAAAUAACAUUGUCCAUUUGAUGUUGAGCACCCUUAUGUUACUGUAACUUUAAAUGUUCGUAUUUUAGGUAAUUGUGGACGAAGCAGGUGAAAGUCACGUAAAUAAACCAAAGAAGAAGACCACCUUCGUGAAGGAAGUGCACCAUUACUAA